AUGGCGCCCCCCGCGCCGCUGCUGGCGGUGAGAGGAUCCGAGGGGCUGUAUAUGGUGAACGGGCCCCCCAGUUUCACAGAGAGCACAGCGUUUCAGAGGGACUCUGGGAAGAACUGCAAGGCUGUUGCUUUCAGCAAGGAUGGCUCCCUCUUUGCCUGGUGCAACGGAGAGAAAGUAAAUAUUGUUAAUGUCACCAGUGCUGAGUUCCUGUGUUCCCUUGAUCUUCCAAAGGCAGUUUGCCUUGAGUUCUCGCCAAAGAACAACAUCCUGGCAACGUGGCAGGCCUACACAACUGGUAAAGAUGGCACAGCAGGGAUGCCCAACCUGCAGCUCCAUGAUGUGAAAACUGGAAAAUGUUUGAAGUCUUUCAUCCAGAAAAAGAUGCAGAACUGGUGUCCUUGCUGGGCAGAUGAUGAAAGCAUUUGUGCCAGGAAUGUGAACAAUGAAGUGCACUUCUUUGAAAACAACAACUUUGAUACCAUUGCAAAUAAACUGCACUUACAAAAGGUUAACGACUUCGUGUUAUCUCCAGGAGCACAACCAACCAAGGUGGCUGUGUAUGUGCCGGGCAGCAAAGGCGCUCCAUCCUUCGUCAGGCUCUACCAGUACCCCAGCUUCGCUGGCCCUCAGUCUGCACUGGCCAACAAAAGCUUCUUUAAAGCUGACAAGGUGACAAUGCUAUGGAACAAAAAAGCCACUGCUGUUCUGGUGAUAGCCAGUACAGAGGUGGAUAAAACAGGGGCUUCCUACUACGGGGAGCAGACUCUGCACUACAUUGCCACGAAUGGGGAGAGCGCCGUCGUGCAGCUGCCAAAAAAUGGUCCUAUCUAUGAUGUUGUUUGGAACCCCAGUUCUGUCGAGUUUUGUGCUGUGUAUGGUUUUAUGCCUGCCAAAGCGACAGUUUUUAACCUGAAAUGUGAGCCUGUGUUUGAUUUUGGAACCGGCCCUCGCAACGCUGCCUACUACAGCCCCCAGGGACACAUCCUGGUGCUGGCAGGGUUUGGGAACCUGAGGGGGCAGAUGGAGGUGUGGGACGUUAAGAACUACAAGCUCAUCUCCAAGCCGGUGGCCUCGGACUCCACCUACUUCGCCUGGUGUCCCGACGGGGAGCACAUCGUGACAGCCACCUGCGCCCCGCGGCUGCGCGUCGGCAAUGGCUACAAGAUCUGGCACUACACCGGCUCCCUGCUGCACACCUACCAGGUGCCAUCCAACGAGGAGAUGUGGCAGGUCUUCUGGCAGCCCUUCCUGGAGGGGGUGUUCCCAGUGAAAGCUGUCAAAUACCAGGCGGUGCCCAGUGAACUGCCCAGCACCGAGCCCAAGCCUGCCCAGGCCUACAGACCUCCGGCCCUGAGAAACAAACCUGUGACGAGUUCCAAGCUUCAUGAGGACGAGCCACCUCAGAACAUGAAACCUCAGUCUGGAAGCAGUGAUAAACCGCUCUCUAAAACAGCUCUCAAGAAUCAGAGGAAACAUGAGGCCAAGAAAGCUGCUAAACAGGAGGCCCGAGCUGAUGCCAACCAGGAAUCCACACAGCCCUCAGCACCGCAGAGCGCACCGCGGAGCACUGUGCCUGCUAUUACCUCGGGAGAUCCUGAGGUUGACAAGAAGAUAAAGAAUUUAAAGAAGAAACUAAAGGCAAUCGAGCACCUGAAAGAACAGGCAGCUGCUGGCAAACAGCUAGAGAAGAAUCAGUUGGAGAAGAUACAGAAAGAAACUGCUCUCCUCCAGGAACUGGAAGACCUAGAGUUGGGUCUUUAAAACUUUGUGGAAAUCCAGUGCCGAGUUAACACAAAGCUCACGAGAAAUCCAAUUGGUAUUAACUUAAAGGUAACAGUAUAAACGUUUCAGCAGAUGGAUCGAGGAUGCAGAAGAUGCUACACAUCUGCCUUUUGAAAAGCUUUCCUGAAGAUUGUGCCCGUGUAAAGAAAUGAGUGCCUGGGCAGCCAGCCCCUUCUGCUGCUUGUUCAGAGCAGGGCAUGCUGCCUAGAAACAGGCAAUGCCUGGGGCUUGAUCUUUUUCCUUGUGUGAGGAAGGAGGUGAUGAGUUUACCUGUUUCAUAGCUUUAUUAUAUUUAAAAAAGGAUGUGAUCUUUAUGCAAUAACAGGAUGUAGAUAA